CAUGGCACCGUGCGGGCUGGGCCCGGGCUGAGCGAGGCGAGAGCAGAGGCCGGGUUGCGGGGUGCGGGGGGGCCGAGCGGGCGGAGGUGGUCGUUCCUCGCAGGAGCGCUGCGCGUUGGGCGCCUCCGUGCUGUCGUCCCGCGUCAGGAUGGCGGGCAGCGCGCGGCAGCCGCGUGGCUCAGCUGUGUGCGACCCGAAAACCGAUGGGGCUGUGCUGAGUAACGGCUGUGCGCGGCCGCUCAGUGCGGUGUGGUGCAGCUGAGCGUGGUCUGUGGGCCUUGUUCUGAGGUUUCUCUGUGCGCUUUGUUUUGCAGCGUAGAGGUUCUCAAAGCCCGCAGCAGUGGGACUGGGCUAGCUGUCCUGUUCCAGCAGGAUGGCAUCUGGCUCCUACGUGCUAGCAAUGCUUUGCUUGGUCAGCAGGUCUGGUCAGAGAUGGGCUGUGUGGUGUGUUGUAGGAUUUUGAAGCAGUAGCUUUCAGAUAGGAAGGCUGUGUGCUCUGCUGCCUUCAGGCUGCUACUAGCACAGAUGUUCUAUCCCAUGGGUGCAGCUCUGUAUAAGUAUGGGCAUCGUGGCCAUGAUUUCUUUCCCACAUAACAUGUAAAUUCAAUGGCAAUAAGAGCACGUUCUUCACUGUAUGUACUUUGGAAGAAUUUCAGUGCAAUAGGAGGGGAGAUUGCAAGAAGUAAUUGAAAACCUUCUCUCCUUGGAAAAACAAACACGAACGGCUUCUGACAUGGUUUCCACAUCGCGUAUCUUAGUGGCUAUAGUGAAGAUGUGUUAUGAAGCUAAAGACUGGGAUGCUCUGAAUGAAAAUAUUAUUCUUCUGUCAAAGAGAAGAAGUCAGUUAAAACAGGCAGUUGCUAAAAUGGUCCAGCAGUGCUGCACUUAUGUUGAAGACAUCACAGACUUACCAGUGAAACUGCGCUUAAUUGACACGUUGCGUACAGUUACAGAAGGAAAAAUAUACGUGGAAAUUGAACGCGCUCGCCUGACAAAGACACUUGCAACAAUAAAAGAACAGAAUGGGGAAGUGAAAGAAGCUGCCUCUAUUCUGCAGGAAUUGCAGGUGGAAACUUACGGUUCAAUGGAAAAGAAAGAACGUGUAGAAUUUAUCCUUGAGCAGAUGAGGCUCUGUCUAGCUGUAAAAGACUACAUUCGAACUCAAAUUAUCAGCAAAAAAAUUAAUACAAAAUUUUUUCAAGAAGAAAACACAGAAAAACUAAAAUUGAAAUACUACAACCUAAUGAUCCAGCUGGAUCAACAUGAAGGCUCCUACCUCUCCAUUUGUAAGCACUACAGAGCCAUUUAUGAUACUCCAUGUAUUCAAGCUGAGAGUGAAAAGUGGCAGCAGGCACUGAAGAGUGUUGUUCUUUAUGUUAUUCUUUCACCUUAUGACAAUGAACAAUCUGACUUGGUGCACAGAAUUAGUAGUGACAAAAAGCUAGAAGAAAUCCCGAAGUAUAAAGACCUCCUAAAAUUAUUUACCACCAUGGAGUUGAUGCGAUGGACUGCCCUAGUUGAAGAAUAUGGGAAGGAAUUGAGAGAAGGAUCCCUUGACAGUCCAGCAACAGAUGUUUUUGGCUGUACAGAGGAAGGUGAAAAGAGAUGGAAAGAUUUAAAGAACAGAGUUGUGGAACAUAAUAUUAGAAUAAUGGCUAAAUAUUAUACCAGAAUUACAAUGAAGAGAAUGGCACAGCUCCUGGAUCUGUCCGUUGACGAAUCGGAGGAGUUCCUGUCUAACCUAGUAGUUAACAAGACCAUCUUUGCUAAAGUAGACAGGCUGGCAGGAAUUAUCAAUUUCCAGAGGCCUAAGGAUCCAAACAAUAUACUGAAUGACUGGUCUCACAAGCUGAACUCACUAAUGGCCCUAGUUAACAAAACCACACAUCUCAUUGCCAAAGAGGAGAUGAUACAUAACCUACAGUAAGGUGCCUCAAUAAUCUCAGUGCUUUUAAAGAAGGCAUUAAAUCUUCAUAAUAGAGACUAUUAUUACAGUGUGUAUAUGGUUUUUUUUCUCCCUGUCAGGGCUUCCUGGUCUAAAAUUUAGGACAUAAUUCUGAAAUUCCUGUUGACAGUUGAGUUCCCUUGAUUAUUCAUUCAGUUGUUAAACAUUUUUGCUACAAUUGGUGAAAGAACAUAAUAAAACUGUAUUGCCUGUA